AGUAUUAAGAAACAAGAACUUUUGACCAGCAAAAAUUUUGUGAGAUAAGACUUUUUGUAUUGAAAUGUGUAAUUGAUUUUUGAAAAGAUUUUAAAUGGCAGAAAAUGUGACAUUUCCUUUUCCUUUUAAACCUUAUGAUGUGCAAGAAGCAUUUAUGAAAAACUUGUACAAUGUCUUAGAUAAAAGUCAAAUAGGAAUAUUUGAAAGUCCUACAGGAACUGGUAAAUCUUUAAGUAUUAUUUGUGGAGCACUGAAAUGGUUAAAAGAUUAUCAGACAAAACAAAGAAAGGAUUUAGAGCAAUUAAUUUCAGAAAAAACUGAAAACACUGAAGAUGAUUGGUUUAAUUCAUUCUUAGAGAAGCAUGAGAAAAAUAAAAAAAUACUAGAUGCUAAAGAAGAAUAUAAAUUUUUGACUGAAUAUGAAGAAAAAAUAAAAAGAUUGAAAAAUUCUAAAGAUAUUAAAAAAUAUGAAAUGAAACAAAUUUUGCCACAUGCUAAGCGGAGGAAAGAAAUGGAUGAAAAGGAAGAAAAUAAACAAAUGGAAGAAGAUUUUGUUGCUGAGGAAUAUGAUAGUGAUGAUGAUGAUAAAGAAGCAACAAAGGAGGAAAAAAGGCAUGUAUUGAAAAUAUACUAUGCAAGUAGGACACAUUCACAACUUGCCCAAUUUUUAGGGGAAAUCCAACGGAGUCCUUACAGUGAUAAAGUUACUGUGACCACAUUAGGUUCAAGAGCAAAUUUUUGUAUAAAUAAAUCUGUUUUAAAAUUGAAAAAUUUGAGUUUAAUCAAUGAGCAAUGUGUAGAUAUGCAGAAAACGAAAAAUAGUAACAAAAAAUGUCCAUUUUUUAAAAAUCUAUCAGAUUUACAGGAUAAUGUCUUAGCAGCUGUGCGAGAUAUUGAAGACAUUGUUCAGCUUGGUCAAGAACUGAAAUCUUGUCCUUAUUAUGCUACUCGACAUGCGAUUCCUGAUGCCGAGAUUGUUUUAUUGCCAUAUAAUGUGCUUUUACAUAAGCCAACUAGGGAUGCAUAUGGAAUUAUUCUUAAAGAUAAUAUUUUAAUCAUAGAUGAAGCUCAUAAUUUAGUAGAGGCUGUAAAUAGCAUGUAUAGUGCUGAAAUAUCAGGUUUGCUUUUAAAACAAACUUUGUGGCAAAUGCAGUCUUACUUAUCAGCAUAUCAGACCAGAUUUUCCCAAGAAACCAAAAGAUUGAUUAAACUCAUUUUACAACUUUGCGAUGCUUUUGUAAAAUUUUUAAGUGAUCCUUGUAAUAAAAUCUCAAGAAUAAUUCCUGUGAUGGAAUUUAUCACUUUAUCUGAUAUUGGAAAUAUAAAUAUAUUUGAACUGGUGAAAUAUAUUGAAAAUAGCCUUAUAUGCCAAAAAGUACAUGGGUUUACUGCUUCCAGGGUUGCUAAAGGAUUAACCCCUCUAGAUGACCGAAAGAAAUGUGAUAAAACUCCAAAAAUAUCUGGUACAUCUUCCUUCCUAUCUCAAAUUAAGAAAAUGCAAAACAACAACAUUAAGAUUCAGACUGAUGAAGUUAAAGAGAAUAAAGAAGCCACUUACCAGUAUAAACCAUCUGCAAUUUUUUCUUUUGUUGAAUUUCUGAAGACACUGACUUUUCCAACUAAUGAUGGUCGUGUAUUGAUACAUAAAGAAUCUUCAAUGGAAAACUCAUCUUUGAAGUUCCUGCAUUUAAAUCCAGCCUCUCAUUUUCAAGAUAUAGUUAAGGAAGCUAGAUCCAUCAUUGUUGCUGGGGGAACUAUGCAGCCUUUUUCUGAAUUUACAGAACAACUGUUUAUACCCGCUGGAGUAUCACCUGAAAGAAUUUCAUUAUUUUCUUGUGGUCAUGUUAUACCUCCUGAGAAUCUUUUAGCCAUUGGCCUUGCUUCUGGACCUUGUGGAAAUCUAUUGGACUUCACAUUCAAGAGUAGACAACUCCCAGAAACAGUUAAAGAACUUGGAAGCAUUCUUUUUAAUGUAACAAAUAUUAUUCGGGGUGGAAUAGUUUGUUUUUUCCCUUCCUAUGACUAUGAACAAUUCAUUCAUUCUGAAUUGACAAAAUCAAAAAUGCUUCAGUCAAUUGAGAAGAAGUUUCGGAUAUUUCGCGAACCCAAAUCAAGCAGUGAAGUUGAUAAAGUGUUAAGUGAAUAUGCCAAAUGCAUAGUAACUGCUUGCUCAACAACUAAAUCACAGAAAACAAUGUCAGGAGCUAUUUUAUUUAGUGUAGUAGGAGGAAAAAUGAGUGAAGGGAUAAAUUUUUCUGAUGAUCUUGGACGAUGUGUGAUUAUGGUUGGUUUACCAUAUCCCAAUAAAUUUUCUGUUGAACUGAAGGAGAAAAUGACAUAUUUAAAUCAAAAUAUGUCAUUAAGAAAGGGCAAAAAUGCAGGAGAUGUCUAUUACAAUAACUUAUGCAUGAAAGCAGUGAAUCAAUCUAUUGGCCGUGCCAUUCGCCAUAAAAAUGAUUAUGCUUCCAUUAUUUUACUUGAUCAUCGGUACAGUAAUUCAUCAGUAAAGGAACUUUUGCCUAGUUGGAUUGUAAAGAGUUUGACAUUCCACCAAAAAUUUGGUCCUGCUUACGUAUGUCUAAAAAAAUUCUUUACAGCCAAAAAGGAAUGA